UAUAAAGAAUAAACUAACAUACUGUAGCACAUUAUUUAAAAAGAAAUGUUGACUCAGCAUCUUAAAUUUUAGGAUUCAGCUAUAUUAUAAUCAUUAACCCCCUCUCAGUACUGAUUGAGUGACAUGGAGUAUUUCCUGCUCUCUAAAAAAGAUUUAAAGGUGUCACUUAUCAGGCUCAGUGGAAAUGGAACCCUUAAACAAGGAGACUCGUUAAAUCUGACGUGUGAUGUGAACUGCACACACAGUUCCUCACAGUUUGUGUGGUCUACGAACAACGAGCAGUUAAAAACAUCAGGACCCGUUCUUUACUUUCCUGCUUUAACCGUGAGGGAUUCUGGGAAUUACACCUGCACUUGGAAAAGCAACGAGACGUCAGGAUCUAAAACCAUCAGCCUUCAGGUCGAGGGUGAUUGGGGAGUGAAAUAUCCAGAGCUGGUUUGUGCUGUGAGAGGAUCCAGUGUCUCCAUUCCCUGUAGUUAUUAUUAUCCUAAGGGAAUUCAGGUGGCACAAAUGCUUUGGUGCUCGAUGAACUCAAACAAAGGAAGGUGUACAGACUUUCCGUAUGUUUAUAACAGCUUAUCAAACAUCAAGUCACACUUUGAGUAUGUUGGAGAUGACAAAUCAAACUGCACUUUGUUAAUCCACAAUGCACAGUUCAGUUAUUCUGGAGAGUACAGAUUCAGAUUUAUAACUGAUUGGAUUGAUGGUGAAUGGACAGGUGAACCAGGAGUGACUCUACAAGUUGCAGAUUUAAAGGUGUCACUAAUCAGGCUCAGUGGAAACGGAACCCUUAAACAAGGAGACUCAAUAAAUCUAAAGUGUGAUAUGGGCUGCACACACAGUUCCUCACAGUUUGUGUGGUCUAAGAACAACAAGCAGUUAAAUCCAUCAGGACCCGUUCUUCACCUUCCUGCUUUAACCGUAAGGGAUUCUGGGAAUUACACCUGCACUUGGAAAACCAAGGAGACGUCAGGAUCUAAAACGAUCAGCCUUCAGGUCGAGGGUGAUUGGGGAGUAAAAUAUCCAGAGCUGGUUUGUGCUGUGAGAGGAUCCAGUGUCUCCAUUCCCUGUAGUUAUUAUUAUCCUAAGGGAAUUCAGGUGGCACAAAUGCUUUGGUGCUCGAUGAACUUAAACAAAGGAAGGUGUACAGACCUUCCGUAUGUUUAUAACAGCUUAUCAAACAUCAAGUCACAUUUUGAGUACGUUGGAGAUGACAAAUCAAACUGCACUUUGUUAAUCAACAAUGCACAGUUCAGUUAUUCUGGAGAGUACAGAUUCAGAUUUAUAACUGAUUGGAUUGAUGGUGAAUGGACAGGUGAACCAGGAGUGACUCUACAAGUUGCAGAUGUAAAGGUGUCACUAAUCAGGCUCAGUGGAAACAGAACCCUUAAACAAGGAGACUCGUUAAAUCUGACGUGUGAUGUGAACUGCACAAACAAUUCCUCACAGUUUGUGUGGUCUAAGAACAAUGAGCAGUUAAAUCCAUCAGGACCCGUUGUUCACUUUCCUGCUCUAACUGUGAGGGAUUCUGGGAAUUACACCUGCACUUGGAAAACCAACGAGACGUCUGGAUCUAAAACGAUCAGCCUUCAGGUCGAGGAGUACAGUCCUAAUUUUGUUCAUUGGUCAGUCUGGAUAGUUGUUGGUGUGACAACUGGAGUGAGUGUCAUUAUCUCAGUCUUCUUAGGAGCUGUGAUUUACAGCAGGAGAAACAGGUCACUGCAUGAGAGCCGAAGUGUCCACACUGAGGAGCAGAAGGAGGACGACUCUCAGAUCUACGCUAAUGUCCAGCAGAUGGAGGACAAUUCUGACAUCUAUGCUAAUGUAUACCAUAACCAGCCUUAACCGUGUUUGUUGCUCAGGUGUUACACUUCUUACAUUUACAUUUGAGGAUUUGGGGAAGGGGUAGGGAGAGAGUUUGCCCAAAUCUUGAAGAAACAGAUUCAGAAUAAUCAUUUAAAGAUUUCCAGUUUUACAGACAUCUAAAGGAAGUUCAGUCCACCACCUAGGUGUGAGAACAGAAAACUAGAAAACAUUUUUUCCUUAAUCCCUGAGAGAUGGUGGGACCACCCAAUCAGUGCUGGAGGAUCGGAGGGAAUGUUGUGGUGCGGUGUGUGAUUAGAGCUGAGAUGUAAGUGGGUGUUGGGCCAUUUUUAGCCUUUUUUUUUGCAGGAAGCCACUGCAGGGAGCGGAGAAGUGGGGUGGUGUGGGAGCACUUCGGAAGGUUGCACUUCUUGGCUUUGUUGUAUCUGAUUUACUUAUAUCUGAUCACAAAUCAGUCUCUUUCAGUGUUGACAUGUCAGUAUCCAAAUAUUCAAGUCUUGUCUAGCCUACUUUAAACACAAUAAUUAAUAAUCUCCCACACAGUAAGUUUAACUCCCAACUACAAAACCCUCCUGUACACCUUUACAGCCCUAAAAACAGACCCUUUGAUGCAUGUUGUCAGUUUUGAUUUCCUCAAAUAUUGAAUGAAAAUUUUAUUUCACUGUGACUAACUUCAUUUUGUUUUACCAGUAGAUCGGUGACUUUAUUUUGUUUCUUUAUGAGAUUGGAAAAACAAUUCUUUUUAUUUGUAUGCGUGGAAUAAUUUUCAUCUUAGUUUAAAUUAAAAAUGUGGUCACAAUUAUUUUUUUCUUAAACCUAACCCAACAUUCAUAAGAUAAAAUAAUCUUAUUGAAACUUAUUGAAAUUUAACAGCUA